GCCGCGUCUCCGGGCGCCGCGCUCGCCGCGCGGAAGUGGGAGCCGCCGCCCGCGCGCCCUUCCCCGGGGCUGGCCCCGGCCGCCCGGCGCGACCGCGGCCAUGCAGCAGCCCCGGGGCUGAGCGGCCCCGCGGCGAAGCCAGCGGCCCCGGCGACGACGGCGCAUGGAGAACUUCCGUAAGGUGCGCUCUGAGGAGGCGCCGGCGGGGGGCGCGGCCGAGGGGGGCGGCGCGGGCUCGGGCCCCUUCGCCGACCUGGCGCCCGGCGCCGUGCACAUGCGGGUCAAGGAGGGCAGCAAGAUCCGGAACCUGCUGGCCUUCGCCACCGCCAGCAUGGCGCAGCCGGCCACGCGCGCCAUCGUCUUCAGCGGCUGCGGCCGGGCCACCACCAAGACCGUCACGUGCGCCGAGAUCCUCAAGCGCCGCCUGGCGGGCCUGCACCAGGUCACGCGGCUGCGCUACCGGAGCGUGCGCGAGGUGUGGCAGAGCCUCCCGCCCGGGCCCGCGCCCCCGGGCCCCGCGCCCGCCGCGCCCGCCGCCAGCCUCAGCGUCCUGAAGAACGUGCCCAGCCUCGCCAUCCUGCUGUCCAAGGAUGCCCUGGACCCGCGCCAGCCGGGCUACCAGCCCCCGGGCCCCCAUCCCGGGCCCUCGUCGCAGCCCGCCGCGCCGCCCGCGGCCAAGAGGAGCCUCGGGGAGCCCGCCGCGGGGGAAGGCUCCGCCAAACGGCCACAGCCCGGGCCGGGGGCGGCCGAAGAGGACCCGAGGGCAUGACGCUCGAUGGACCGGAGCUUCCCUCCAGCGCCCCGACCUUGAGAACGCGCCUCGCGCCCCAGGAGCCACCACCUGGACCCAGAUCCCCAGGCUGGCAGCGUGGACCUCCAAGGCGACAAGAGAGGGACUCCCCUCUGCUCCCCCAGGAAGCCUCCUGGGACCCUGCUACUUCUCUUACUUUGCCUGAAGACCCCGAGUUCCACCUUCAGCUGUUCUGGGACCUUGUUCAGGGAGGGACAGCGAGGCUCAAGCUUUGCUCGAACCCCCGAGGGUUCGUGGCAUCGAGCAUUGGAGAGGAGGUUCUGGGCAGUGGGGGUUCGAGGGGAGCUCUAAGAAUUCCCCGGAGCACAGGCAGUGGAGGACUAAGGGUGAGAAAGGGACUGCGGGCGGGGGUGAGGGCUUGAGUUGUGGGGGGCCGUGUUCUGCACCUCACCCCAGGACAGUUUUCUUUCUGGCUCAUUCCUCUGCUUUUACGGAGCACCCUGAAAUCAUGACGUUCUCCAGGGGCUCCUGCUCUUUGGCGCCCCCCCCAUCCCGGAGCUAGGCCUGGAGGGAGCCUUUCAGGAGCUUCCCUGCACCCCAGCCCACCCCCAUCCUCAAACCCACAGCUGGAGUCUGCCUUCCAAUAAUAAUAAUAAUAAAAAACCCAACAUGACAA